CAUACAUUCACCUCCGGAAGAUGACAUGCAUUUCUAUGUAUCAUCAUUGUCGUCGUCUUCAAUCAUCUUCUCUCGUAAAUUUUCAACGUCAGUAACUUCUAAGAUUAAGACCCUUGUUCAGCAUGGUCAAUAUUUCGAAGCUUUACAUUUGUAUGCUAAUAAUCAUGAAAAACAAACUACCGACAAGUUCACUUUCCCUUCUCUUCUCAAGGCAUGUGCUUCUCUUUCGCAACUGAACAUUGGAAGAAAUAUCCAUGGAUCUAUUACUGUCUUGGGAUUACAGUAUGAUCCGUAUAUAUCCACUUCUCUCAUCAACAUGUACAUCAAAUGUGGCUCGAUCGGUUAUGCAUCACUCGUGUUUGAUAAAAUUACUGAAAGCGAAGAUAAUGUACAUGAUGUUACUUUAUGGAACUCGAUAAUCGAUGGUUACUUUCGAUAUGGGUGUACCAGUAAUGGGUUUGUUCAGUUUCGUCGAAUGCAGUCAUUGGGUGUUAAGCCAGAUGCAUACUCCAUCAGUAUCGUUCUGCGGAUGGAUAAUUCUGAUUUGUUGCGAGGUAAGGAAAUUCAUGGGUAUCUUUUGAGAAACAUAUAUCAUCAUGACCAUUUCUUGGAUACUGCACUCAUUGAUAUGUAUGUUAAAUGUGGUCGAAUCAUGGAAGCGCGGAAGAUAUUUGAUAACUUAGUAAAUAAGAGCAACUCUGUAACAUGGAACACCAUUAUGAGCGGUUUUCACAGGAAUGGACUUUGGGAUAAGAGCUUGGAGUAUUUUGUGCUCAUGAAAAAUAGUGGUUGCUGCAAACUUGAGAGUUCGACAUUUUCGAUUGUUUUGACAGCUUGUUCAGAUGGAGAAGAUGUGGUUUUUGGGAGUGGAGUUCAUUGUGAUCUGAUAAAGUUGGGGUUUGAGAAAGACCCAUAUGUGUCUACUUCACUAUUAACCUUGUAUUCAAAGAACGGGUUAGUGAAAGAUGCCCAGACAGUUUUUGAUCAGAAUUUAACAGUUAAAGGAAUUGAGCUGUGGAAUGCGAUGAUCUCUGCUUACGUCUGCAACGGUUAUGUUUAUAAAGCCUUGGCCAUUUAUCUAAGGAUGAGGUUAAGUGGUUUGAAAUGCGACACUUUUACAUUAACAAAUGUCUUAUCAGGAUGUAGUUUGGUUUUACGACAUGAUAUUGGCAGGAUAGUUCAUGGAGACUUGAUCAAAAGACCAUUACAGAAUGAUACUGCUGUUCAGAGUUCUCUGUUGACAAUGUACGCCAAAUGUGGAACCAUAGAGGACGCUAAUUUGGUUUUUCGUGCAAUCGAGGAAAAGGAUGUGAUUACUUGGGGCUCCAUGGCAUCUGGUUUCAGCCAAAAUAAGAAGUUUUUGGAGGCUUUGAGUUUGUUCAAAGAGAUCAAAGCCAAAGGUAUGACACCAGACUCGACUAUCGUGGCAAGCGUAGUCAUUGCUUGUGCUGGUCUACUGAAUAUAGAUUUGGGAUGUGCAAUCCAUGGGUACAUCACCAAGAACGGCACUGGUUGUGAUGUGUUUGUAGUUAGCUCUCUCGUAGAUAUGUACGGUAAAUUCGGGUUGCCAGAGAUGGCUGGAAGCAUUUUUACUGACAUGCCAGAGAAAAACUUGGUGGCUUGGAAUUCGAUGAUCUCCUGCUACAACAGAAAUAACCUUCCUGAAUUGUCCAUUAAUCUUUUCCCUCAGAUUAUGCAGCACGGACUGAUGCCAGAUUCUGUUUCCAUCACAAAUUUACUAGUUUCAGUUUCCUCACUGGCUGCAUUGCAGAAAGGUAAAACUGUUCAUGCGUAUUUAAUGAGACUCGAGAUUCAGUCAGAUGUUCAGGUGGAAAACGCAUUUCUGGACAUGUACAUUAAGUGUGGAAGCUUAAAAUGUGCACAGUUCAUCUUCGAAAACAUGAGAGACAGAAGUCUAGUAACAUGGAAUUCAAUGAUCUCUGGCUAUGGAUCCCAUGGAGAUUGUUUAAAAGCUCUCAAACUCUUCGAUGAGAUGAAAGGAUCCGGAGUUGUUCCUGACGAUAUAACUUUUCUUGUCUUGAUCUCAUCUUGUAGUCAUUCAGGAUUGAUUGAUGAAGGCCAAAGAUUAUUCCAGUCCAUGAAGCGAGAUUACGGGAUUGAGCCCAAAAUGGAGCAUUAUGUAAACAUGGUCAGUCUUUUAGGACGUGGUGGUCGUUUGGAUGAAGCUUACCAGUUCAUUCAGACCAUGCCUAUUGAACCUGAGUAUGGUGUUUGGUUGAGUCUGCUGUGUGCAUGUCGAACUCAUUGUAACAUAGAACUUGGAGAAUUAGCGGCGAAUGAGUUAUUGAAGUUGGAUCCUGAUAGAGGGAGCAAUUACGCUCAGUUGUUAAAUUUAUACGGAGAUGGAGAGCUGUGGGACAAGGCAGCCAACCUGAGGAUGAGAAUGAAGGAGAAAGGGUUGAGAAAGAACCCAGGGUGCAGUUGGAUCGAGAUUAAAGAGAAAGUAGAUGUGUUCCACUCGGGGGAUUCAUCUUCGCGGUGGACAUCAGAGAUAUAUGAGAUAUUGUCAGAUCUCAGUAGAAGCAUGGAAGAGGACAACUCUUCAGAGGAGAAUGGACUUCAGCUUUGUGUUUAAAACAUCAGAAUAUCAAUACAGAAUCGGGUGUAGUUCAUGUUCA